GGUAAAGAAAUGAGGCUCAGAGAGGUUAAGGAUCUCCCCUGAAGUCACACAGAACUGGUCACUGAUGAGCAGGAUGCUCCCCAGGCCAGCCCCGUGACCAUCUCAACUCCGGAGACCACGUGCGAGCAGCCAGCACGGUCACAUCACGCUCUCCAGGGAGGGUGACGGAGACAGCUUCCCUCCAGCCUGGGCAAGACCCUUCCUUCCAGGCUGCAGUGCACCGGGAGCCCUCCCCGAGCACCCGUGGCACCCGCGGCACCCACGGCACCCACGGGUGCUCUCCGAAUCCACGGCUUCCAGGUUGAACGAAAGCUUCGCCAAGAGACGCUUCAGCUGUGCUGGGAUUGCAAUCGUGACUGGCUCCCGUGUUUGCUGAGAGAGCCACCUGCCACACAUGGUUGGGGUGCGCCCCUCGGAGCCAUCCUCUUCCUGUCCUCUGUCGUGAGGGCUCGUCCCUAGCAGAGUGAAGAUGGUGACCCCCAGGAAAAAGACCCUCAAAGCACUCGCCUUCCUCAUGCUCCUCAUCUUCCUCACCUCCUUCCUCCUCAACUACUCGCACACCAUGGUGACCACCACCUGGUUCCCCAAACAGAUGGUCCUGGAGCUCUCGGAGAACUUGCGCAGGCUGCUCAAGUCCCGGCCAUGCACCUGCACGCACUGUGUGGGCCAGCGCAAGCUCUCGGCAUGGUUUGACGAGCGCUUCAACCACACCAUGCAGCCGCUGCUCACGACACACAACGCCCUCCUGGAUGAGGACACUUACAGAUGGUGGCUGAAGCUCCAGCGGGAGAAGCAGCCCAAUAGCUUCAAUGACACCGUCAGGGAACUGUUCAGUGUGGUGCCGGGCAACGUGGACCCUGUGCUGGAGAAAGGGUCGGUGGGCUGCCGGCGCUGUGCUGUGGUGGGCAACUCCGGCAACCUGCGAGAGUCCUUCUACGGGCCAGAUAUAGACAACCACGACUUUGUGCUGAGGAUGAACAAGGCGCCCACCAUGGGCUUUGAGGUCGACGUGGGGAGCAAGACCACCCACCAUCUUGUGUAUCCCGAGAGUUUCCGGGAGCUGGGGGAGAACGUGAGCAUGGUCCUGGUCCCCUUCAAGACCACCGACCUGCAAUGGGUGAUCAGCGCCACCACCACGGGCACCAUCAGCCACACCUACGUCCCUGUGCCUUCCAAGAUCAAAGUGAAACAGGAGAAGAUCCUCAUCUACCACCCGGCCUUCAUCAAGUACGUCUUCGACAGCUGGCUGCAGGGCCACGGGCGGUACCCGUCCACCGGCAUCCUGUCCGUCAUCUUCUCCAUGCACAUCUGUGAUGAGGUGGACUUGUAUGGCUUUGGGGCAGACAGCAGAGGCAACUGGCACCACUACUGGGAGAACAACCCUUCGGCCGGGGCCUUCCGCAAGACCGGAGUGCACGACGCAGACUUCGAGUCCAAUGUCACGGCCACCUUGGCGGCCAUCCACAAAAUCCGGAUCUUCAAAGGCAGAUGACGCUGCGCGGGGUGGGGAAGGGACGCGCCCCUCUGCGCCUCUCCAUUUCCGGCCCCAGCACCUUGCGGAGCCAAGGGGCCUCCUUGGGGUGUGCCCAGGGUGCCACUCACAGCCUGUGCCCUGGCCUUGAGCAAGGUAGCUCGGUCCUGCCAGAGCUGCAGAGCUACGCUCAGAACCUGUCCCAGCGGGGCGGACAACCCAUGCACGGCUGCCCUGGGGGACAACCCCUUCCCACCCCGGGUAGCAGGGAAGGUCCGGUCUAGCUCCGGACACUAAAUCAUUUUGGCCUGUAGGGUGGCGGGGUGCCUGGCAUGGAAGACUCCCUGCUUUGUCAGACAGGCCUGGUCCCUGGCAAUGGGCCAGGGCGAUGGAUCCAUUCUCCCUAGGAUGUCUCCAUGUGCAGCCGUGUGCCCUACAGCUCAGAGCCAUGCCUGGUCCCAUGGGCAUGGGGCCCAGGCAAGAUGCUGCCCGUCUUUGCACGAAGCCUGGCCUCUUGCUUGGCGUGACUUCCCCCUGUCACCAUUUCCUUCCCAAAUCUCACCUGGUGAUGGCCAGGAGAGGCCUCCGACAGAUCUCCCUAGAAGCUUGGUGAUGUUUCUGGCGGGAGCAGGUGCCUCGGCCGGUUGGAGUCAUCAGCGGUGGUUCUGAUUGUGGCCGGGAGCACAGCUGAUGGCUUCCACGUGCCUUGGUGGUGGGGGUGAGGGCAGAAACGCAUGCAAUGGCUCACAUGACAAGGAGGAACCCACGUGGGACAGGGGACCCUCUCCCGGCCAGGCGCCAUCGCUCCCCUUCUCUGGCUAAGAGUGUCUGUCCCAGAUUCCCGAGCCACUCCCUGGAGCAGAACAAGGCUCAAAUGGCCUUCAGCCACGGAGGCCCACUGCUGGUCGGGGCGCCCCCACCUUGCAGGGCCGUCCCAGAGCCCUGUGGCAGGACCCGUUUGUGAGGUCUGGGCGGUGCCUGAGCCACGGUGACUGGCAUACCUCACGCCCCCGUGCCUGCUGGCGGCUUCCUUCCUCCUCAGCCUUCCUGAUUAUUUAUUGAUUUCUUCGUUCAUUCGACUGACAUUGUACGCCUGGUGUGUGGCCGUGCUGGUGGGGCUGGCUGGGGGAUGAAGCUUGGUCUGGCGGAGCUGGGGUCUGGGCUCAGCUGCUCUUUAGGCUUGGGGUGUCUGGGGCCGAUCCCUGGGAGCAUCAGGCCAGCAGUCACGCAGCUGUGCCUGCCUCCCAGCCUGGCGGGUUCAUCCUCAGGCCUGGUAUUCCUCAAGUUCUGAAGCCUCCCUGGGGCCAGGCAGGACGGGAGCUGGCAGGCCUCGGGCAUGGUGGGGCUCGGCUCUUUGCCGAUGCUAACUCAGAAAAGCCACUUUUCCCCGUGAACACACCUGCUGAAGCAUGGCUGCUGCUGCGAGAUGAGUGCGAGUGGGGAGAGAUAGGAAGAAAGCCCCUCUUCGAAGCCCUGGGGGCCACUUUGGCUCAGGGGCCCCUCUCCAUCCUGGGGGAGGGGCGAGCAAGGACAGGCUCUUGCAUGCCCUUCUGUGUGGGUUUCCCUGAGGGCAUUCACCGUGGCUUUGGUGAGAUUCUGCAAGACUCAGAAUCCAGACGGUGUUUCCCGUUCAAGAAAAAUAACAAAUCCUCCUAAACUUGAUGCCCGUCCUGCCGCGAGGUCGGCGCUGUGAACCAAACGUGAAGCCAGAGCUCCUGGUGGGCUGCUGCUCCGAUUCACCCCCGAAGCCCCUCUCCGGCCCCCAGGACAAACCUGACCUGAAUGGGUAUCACACAGGCAGCCAUGUGGACCGAAUCCCCCAGGAUGUGAAGGACCCCGGUUCGGGUUACACACUGGCUGCUUUGGAUUCCACUGAGCAUGCGUAGGUUCCCCACGGUGAAGAUGGCAUCCACUGUUGCCCGGGCACCUGACUUGCCUUCUCUGAUCUUUCCCUCCCCCACUCUGCCUUGGUAGGGAGAUGCUCCACUAUGAGCCAUCUCCCAGCCCAGGAACCCCAGCUCUCUGGUUCCACACUUGAGCAAAGCUAGCCCCAGACGAACCCACGUCACUGGCCAGGGACCGCUGGCUGUGGCCAAUAGCGCAAGCAAACCGAGCAAGAAUCAGAUGCCCAGCUUCCAGAGAUGGACAUGGUCAGCACUCCCAGCCCAGCUUGUGCCCACCCCUUCCUGCCCCCUGCAGCCCAACCCAGCCUGCUGCCUUUCUCGCCAUGGACCUGCACUCAUUCUCAGGGUAGAGUCUCCAAAACUCACUGGAACCUCAGCUUCCGCUCUCCGGGCGCAGCAGAAGCAUCCAUGGCUUCCCAGCCUCUAGUUUCAAGAAUCCACUGUCCCCUCCCUGGGGUGAAGGUGGCUACAGCCCACCUGAGGGUGUGGGCUGGAGGAGGAGUGCCCACCCUACACACACACACACACACACACACACACACACACACACACACACACGGCUGGAGCCAAGGCAGGGCUCAGUCUACAGCAGCCAGAGCACUCCUUGGUGUCCAGCGCUGGGCUAGAGGGAGCAGGAGGCUGAGAGCCCAGCAUUGCCCGCUGCAGCCUGUUGGGGGAGGGGAGGGCAGGUUGGCAGCUAAAAAGAAGCCAGCUCUCCUUCAGGGGGUGCCUUUCUUUGGCCGCUCCUGCUUGCCUGGCACCCUCCAGCAAACCCUGUGAGCAGGAUGCAGUGGGAGAAGCCGGAAGCACGUAGGGGACUUGAACUGGGGUGUGCAGACAGGAGGGGGAGGCAGCAGGAGGGGCCCUGGAGGCCAGUACUACCUCCCUGGGGAUCGGGCCUCUGCAUCGAAGGCCUCCAGAAGCACAGUGCAGGCUGAGAAUCGCGAUGUCUAUGCCACCUGCCUGUAGCCUGUAGCCUGGGCACAGCAAGAUGGAGGCCAGUCAGGGGCUCGCCUGCCCUCUCCCAGUGUAUCAAUGGCAAACUCCCUUUGUGCAA